ACACACACACACAGACACAGACACACUGCAUCCAAAACAAAGCUGGUGGAGAACGAAGAGCACGGAGCAGAGCACCACGGUGAUAUCUCGGGAGAGGGAAAAAAGCAGGAUUAAUUAAUUUUUUUCUAGCAUUAUUAUUGGAGUUGUUGUUGUUUUUUUUUUGCGUGUGUGUGUGCUUGCGGUGCAGUGGUGAGCACUCAGCCCGCGGUGAUGGACAUUAUGAGUGCGGUGCAGGAUGCGUGUGUCUCCGGUCAGUGGCUCACCGCGAUCAUCCUCAGCCUUUGCUGCUUUUUGCCUUCGUGCUUGCCCGCUGGACAAACUGUGGACUAUGCCUCGAGUGAAAGUGUGGUGAGCCGGCAAGGAGACACGGCGCUGCUCAGGUGCUACCUGUUGGACGGGAUCUCGAAAGGGGCGUGGUUAAACCGCUCCAGUAUCAUAUUUGCAGGGAAUGAUAAGUGGUCAGUGGAUCCUCGUGUCUCCAUCGUAUCGAACAUGGGCGACAAACACGAGUACAGUCUACAGAUACAGAAAGUGGACGUCACGGACGAAGGCUACUACACCUGCUCGAUACAGAGCGAGCGCAACCCGCGGCCUAAACUCAUCCAGUUAAUCGUCAAAGUUCCUCCCAAAAUAUACGACAUCUCGCCGGACGUCACGGUAAACGAAGGCGGCGAUAUUUCACUCUUCUGUUUAGCCAGCGGGAAACCAGAGCCGAAGAUCACCUGGAGACACAUCAGCCCUUCAGCCAGGAAGUUCGAGAGUGGAGAAAAUCUGAACAUAAGCGGAAUAACCCGGGAUGCAGCGGGGGAUUACGAAUGCGGCGCUGAGAACGAUAUCGCUUCUCCCGACACCAGGACUGUGAAAGUCACCGUCAACUUUCCACCUUCUAUCCAUGAGACGAAGAGUCACGGGGUCCGGCUCGGUUCCCAAGCACUGCUGAGGUGCGAGGCGGCUGCCGUGCCCUCUCCGGUGUUUGAGUGGUAUAAAGGGGAGAAGAGACUCAGCAAGGGUCAAGCAGGCAUUGACAUCAAGAACGUGAGCUCCAGGUCCAUCCUUACAUUGAGUAACAUCACCGAGGAUCGCUAUGGCAACUACACCUGCGUGGCUGUCAACAAGCUGGGAAUGGCCAACGCCAGCUUGUCUCUGAUUCCGAUUAUUGAACCUACGACUAGCGCUGUCUCGACUAGCGCUGUCCCAAGUCCAGCUCCUAACACAGCUCAGUACGGGACCACCGGAGGAGGAGAAGCUCUGCUGGCCUGCGGUUUCCUGGUGCUGGCUCUCAGCUCUCUGCUCUUCGUUUACUAGCGCUACGUACAGCCAUACGCACUGAACUGGACUGAACCAUUCACACGGCUCAUUUCCGGAUCCGAUCUGGCACCGCGGUUUGCUUUGUUUUUGUUUUGUUUUGUUUUUUCCGAAGAGAGAGAUAUUUUAAUCCGUAAGCAGUACUUUUCAGAUGGUGGUUUUUAUGUUCUGUGGAAUUUCUCAUCAUGUAAAUAUGUACGGUUUACAUUUCUUCUCUCCGCCCCUUGUCCCCACCCCCACCCCCACCCCGCCUCGUUUCGGUUUAUUUUAGUUUCUUUUCUUGAUUGCCCACGUUGUGAAUCAGCACCAUUGUGCUCUUUUGGAAAGCUCGAGAAUUAGCCGAUGUGGCUCUGAGGGGAGUGGGGGGGUGUUGUGGUAGGAAGGUGGGAGAGGGUGUGGUAACAGUGUGUGUUGUUGUUGUGUUUCUGAGAGGACGCCCUGAAGUGAGUGCUCUCAUACACACACUCCUCUCUACUCUUUCAGGUCGUAAUGUUUAGCCGGCUAAUUUGAAACCACUCAGAUUUGCACGAUCAGAACAAUCAAAAAAAACGCAGCGAGAAGGGAAAGCGCCGGAACGCCGGCCGCGGGUCCUCCUCCCAUAUUCCAGUAUUUCGCUGACGAUUGCGUGGACCAAAACGACAGCCAUAAUUCAGUGAUUUUAGCACAUUAUGCUAACACUUAAAACAUAAUCAGCUUGCCUACUCUGCCAUAAUAAUUAGAAAAUUAAUGCUUAGAUAAAUAUUUACCUCGAGAUUGGUUUCCCAAAUACGUGACAAAAUUUCAGCUGAUAAAUUCUUCUUUUAUUAACAACAUUUUAUUUCAAUAUCAUUUUAAUAUUAAAACAAGAACAACAAAAGUAAUGAUGGAUAUUUUAAAAUGGUCAAUUUUUUUUUUUUUAAUUAAAUAUGAUUUUGCUGAUACUAAAAAAAAUAACUACAUACAUUUUAAGAGGCAACAGGUUUAACAAUUAUUAUAAUAAUAAUAUUAUAUAUAUAAUAAUAUUACUUUACAAAUUAACGAUGAAUUCUGUGAGUGAUAUUUUACUUCUUGGAAAUUUCUAACAAUAUUUCAAAUCUUCAAUUCCUUCAGUUUUUUUCCUUUUCAUUUAUUUUAUUUUAUUAAUUUUUGUUUUACAGAAAUUAAUCUGAUAUUUCCCCCUCGUGAGCCCGUUAAAAGAAAACAAAUCAAAGAUAAUUAAACCUAAAUAUUAUUUUUUAAAUUUUAAAUUUGUUGUUUUAGAGAAAAAUGCUCAAGACAUCAGAAAAUGGUUUAUAAAAAUCGGUUUAAUUAUAUAUAAAAAAAAAAUCUGUUUGUUUUUGCUUCGUCAUUUAAUGGUUUCAAGAAAUAAAUAUUCAAGAAAUCAUUAUUUGAUCAUGAAUUCUGAAAGGAAAAUUUUCCCCCAAAUAUCUAAAAACAUCUUUUUUUUUUUUUUUAAUUUGGCGCUAGUGAAAUUUACUACUGAUAUUUUCAAGGCAACAGAGCUGAUAAUAAUUAUAUAAUUCUAUUCUUUGCUUCUGGGGGCCACAGUCCAUGGAAAUGAAGAAAAAACCAAUUGUGAGAUGUAUUUAACUGCAUAAUGUGAAUAUAAUGUAUGUAUAAAAUCAGUUUUAUGCACUAUGUUCGAUUUUAAACCGGUGUUAAACAAACUUACAUUACAGUAUGCACACGUGAUUAGCGGUCGAUUUGAUGACCCUUCCUAAUGAUCAUGAGGGAUUUCUCUAAAAACAAGUCUCUUUUUUACGUUUAUUCGGAUUAUGGAUGGAUUUUUUUGUUUUGUUUUUUUGUUUGUUUUUGUUUUUUCAGCAAAGUGUAUCUCUCCAGAAAAGAAAACUGGUGUUCAUUUUCUUUCUCAGUUUUAUCUCACUGUAUGUUUCUCUUUUGUUGUUGCCGUUGCUGUUCAUGGAGAUGGUGUGUUACUCUUCACUUUUAACAGAUUCAGUUCUAUUUUAUUUUUUUAAUUAUUGUUCUGAUGAGUUGUACAGGAUUUUGAUAAUGUUUUACUGCAUCACAUGACUUGCUCCCUGCUCUUGCUUUAGUCGGUUUUUGUACGUGAAUUUGUUUUGAAAUGGGAAGCAGGAGAAAAACAAAAAAAAACUAGCGGACGAUUUAGGAUAUUUGAAAUACGAUAUACGAUAUGAUAUAUGGAGUGUGGAUCUAAAUGUCACUGGUUAUCAUUUGAAAAAGAAAGUAUGCAGUAUGGCAUAGUUUACAACGUCGUCUUUCAGUUUAGAUGCCAUAUCUGUCGUUUAAAAAAAAAAACUUCUUAUCGAACAAAUAGACUCGGAAAAGAAAAAAAAAAACGAGCGGUUUGUAAUCGAACACAUUAACUUUUUAACUCAGAGGGUGUGAACACAGUUAUACGAUAUCAUAGAAGCUAAGUCGUGUGUGUGUGUGUGUGUUUGGAGAAAGUAGAACUAAUUUUAUAUCCUCGGUAGAGCCUCGUGUCUAGGUUUAGUUUGACCUCUACCCUAAGCUCUCUCACACACACAUGUUAUGUAUUUUCCGAUGUGCAGAAAUUAUGAUUGUGCUGCAUGUCACAUGUAUGUUAAGGUGGCCAAUGACCAUAAACCAAUACCUUUUGAGGACAAAACCAGUUUCAAGACUGUUUUGACUCAUCUUUACUCACCGGAGAACCAUCACACAAACGAUCCAGCAAACAAAACAUCACCAGAUUUCCUUUGGACCGCUUACGAAAUUCUUCCCCUGCUGAUUUUCAACUCAGCGAUCUGUAAUAUUUCUGUUUCGCACACACAGUUUCCCCCAACAUUCCUUAUUUAGCUAGCUUUUGAAUUUCUUUCUGUCUAAAUUUAAGAAUUCCUAAAUACACAAUUCAGGUAGGAAAACUUCAUGAAAUCUCGUACGCUGCAAAGAAAUAUAUCUUAGCAAGUGAAAAUAUCUCAGAUGCGGCCUAAUGUAUAUGAUAUUUCUCAUUAGGAGAGCCGAAAUCUGUGAUUGUUGAGCAUUUUGAGAUUUAACGUCAUGAAAUGAGACGCUUUCAAGCUUAAAAUUAGUAACACGUAUCUAGAGAAAAGGUUUAAUUCUAUUUUUUUUUACCCCACAUGCUAAGACAUAUUUUUUUGUAGUGUAUAUGUACAGCACAAGAUUAGCAACAUUUCUGCACUACAAAAAAAAUCUUAUCAAGCAGAAAAUAUCUUAAAUAUAGCCGAAUUCGUUCUGUUUGAUUGUGCUAAAACAUUUUACUUGCAAUAAGUUAAUGUAAAUGUAAUUAAUUAGGUAGUUAGUUAAUUACUUAAUGAAUGAAUUUACAAUUUAAUUGCAUUAAAAUGAUUCAAAUUUUCUGUCGAUUUUGAACUAAAAGGUUCUGCUGUUUCUUGUAAACAAAAUAUUGAAGGCAUAAAUCAUAUAUAAUUGCAUUUUUAAGGUUUAAUAUUAAAAUUAAAAUGUCUGAAAAUCAUGUACAUUUUCAGCAUAAUCUUCUAAUUCUGGUAGUUUUACUAUAUUUAAGAUGUUUUUUUCAGCGCGAUGCAAAUGAGUUUACAGUCCAAAUGUAGAUUAAGAGACAGUGCGAGUUGAUUUAGUUUCUGUUUAAUAAAUAAACGAAACACUGACGUUCCAGUUAAUUCCCCAAACGCAAAAAGGCGGCCUUUAAAAUGUCGAUUUCAGGUCAAUUACGCUCAUCAAACUCAUCUGACUGCAAUCAGGACCAGACGUGAAUUUGACUGAUGAUGUCUAAGCGCAGUCUUAUUAUUUUAUCACUGUUUAUUAAACAUUACAUCAGCCUUCAUAAUCACUUCUCGGGCUUACGCCUGUCUAUAAGCACAUGUUAUAACACCAUCAGCAGGUUUAUUCCUGAAAUAUUUCACCUAAUCACUUUCUUUAGAUUUUUAUCUUGUGAUAAUAUCCUGACCUCAAGCCUAAAAUCUUGGGAUUAAACAUGGGAAAAAAUCUUUAUCUCAGGCUAAAUCAAAAAAAAUAUAUACAGUUAAAAUAUACCUAAAGUUAAAGAUUUUAUUCCCGGAUAAAAAAAAUUUCAGCCCAAGACAAAGUAUUUUAGUCAGAAUGAAGAUUUGAGCCUAAGAUUUAUAUUUUAGCCCAAGAUAAAGUCUUUAACCCUGGCUGAAAUUUUUUUAUAUUAAUGUUGAAAUUCCAGACUUCUACCAUUUAAAUCUUUAACACUAGCUAAAUUGUUCGGGUUAGAAUCUUUUAUCAAAAUCUAAAACUCAUGAUAAAAUGUUUUUUUUUUGGUCAAAGUGUGUGUAUCUUGGGAUAAAACUUUUUACUUAGGCAAAAAGUUUGUAUCCGGGGCUAAAAUUAAAACCUUUAGCUCGUGCUGAAACCUUUAUCUUGUCUAAACAUCUUUAAACUAAACUCUGGCUAGAUCUGUAACUCGGGCUGAAAUCUUUAUGUCAGGCCAGAAUAUGGAACUUAAAAUGAACUACUACAAAGUGACUCAACAAAACAUUAGUUCUUUCGAAAGACUUCAUCUCUUGCUAAUAUUUUGGACUCAGCUAUUUAGGAUGAGAUAAAAAAUGUUUAUCUUUGCCUCGGGUCUUUAUCACAGGAUAAAAUCGUUAAUUCUGGCUCAUACACCAACGUUCAUCAUUUGGAUUUCAUCGUCACCCGACAGCCAAUUUGGGGAAUAAAGUACUGUAUAAAAAUGUGCCUUUAAAGUAUUAAGCGAGCUCGUAAAAUCCUCAUGUGUUAACAAGCUGCAGGUAAAAUAAGGUCAUAAACAUCAUUGUGCGGUUUGAAGUGUAAGCCUUUGUGUGCGGUGUAUACGUGGCAAGACGACUCCGGAUGAAUCCAUCAUAAAUAGAUCAUGAAGUCAUUUUGGCACAAACUCUUUUUUUCCAUAAAUAUUCAGAGACGGAGAUCGAUACAGACUUCAUUAAAGGUUGGAUCUCGAGUUAAAAUAAAACAGCGGAACAGACAGGAGCUUCUCAUGCAUGCAGAAUUAUAUAUAUAUAUAUAUAUAUAUCUCUAAUAAAAAGAUACAGCUUUUUUUUGUUUUUACAAAAAUAAAAAAUAAAAACGGUAUGUAAAUAAGAAGUGCUGCAACUUUACAGCGUCUAAUGACUUGAUAAUGACAAUUUCACACAAAGAUUAUUCCACGCUGAAUUCCUCAGACGGUUUUUACGACUUUCCCGUCUCGGGUCCGAGACGCGAGCGCAGAGACGUGAAAGUCGACACACCGGUCUGUAUCGGAGGCGUCGGUCAUAUAAAAGGACGUAAUGAAUAGCUGGCGUUUUUAAAAGCACUUCAGCGCUGAAAAUAAUUCAGCACUUUUCCCGGAGUUUACUUGUUAGGAAAUGAAAGCCUUAGCUGUGUUUAGUACCUGCGGUGUGUUCUAACGACGCAUCAUGUACAUUGUCUCAUUGUGAUGAUUGCAGCUUUUCCUGCUUAGACAUAUCGCAUCUUCAGAAAAAAAGAAGAAGAAAAUUUAAAGUUAGUAAGUUACAUAAAAUGAGUUGGUUAUAAAGGGACGUAAGAGGAACUAACACCACUUAAAAACAUAAACCAUUUUAUCAAGUCUGUGGCUAUAAAUAAAAGCAGUGGAAGUUUUAUUUCGUAGUUCCACGUUAUCGCUGUGAACUAGCGCCGGGUCUCGGAACAGAUGAGAUACGCAAAAAUAAACGCAUCCUUAUUUUUUUGGUUUUUGUUGUUGACUCCUUUUUGUUUUUGUUUUUUUUCUUCUUAACUAACCAAACCAGAGAGGGUAAAUAAAACAAAAUUCUACAUAAGUCUUGGUCAACAUUUCCCUUACUCUCUAGCUAGUCUAUGGUAUGAUGUGCUACCUGUAGUGAAAUAUGCUUUAUUUUCUAUUUUUCUUCUCUUUUAUUUUGUUUAAAUAAUUUUUUACAUUUUUUUUUAAUUUUUUUUUUUACUUUAUUUUUAUUUUAUUUUUUUAAAUCUUUAUCAUUCAAUAGAUAUCCACAGAUUAUAUCCACUGAUUUUUUUUGGCUUGCUCGUUAAAGGUGUUUUCUUACCAGAAAGGCUUCCAAAUAGUACCUUUUUUAAAAAUAUAUAUAUAUAUAUAUAUAAAAUCCCUUAAUGGGCUUCUUUGGUUGAAGGAAAGCUUGGAGAAAACCUUGCUCUAUCAGAGAGGCUUUCAAGUAAAACCCUGCUAGGAAUCUAAGAUUGAUUCACUUUCCAGAAGGACCCAUGAAGUAUCUGCAAGAAAGGUGUAGAUUAGUGGUGUAAGGAUGUAGAGCCACCAAACUUGGUGAAGACCAUGUGAAGUUACAUCCCCCCCCCUUCUUUAUCUAAUCAGAAGGACUUUUUCCAAGUUCAGUCUUCUGAAAUCAUUUCUGUAUCAGGACAAGCAGUUAACGCUACCUGUCUUAGGAGAAGUGAGCUUUCGCAGUGCAGAUUUAACACCUCGGUCACCUGUAGCUCGCCUCUCAACCCCUGGCAGCUUUCAAAAAAGGUUUUUUAGAAUGGUGUCUCUGUGAGCAGGAAGGCGAUGAAUCAUUUGACCCAGCGGUUAAUAAAGUCCUUCCUGUGCCUUUGUUAGAUUUUGAUGGUGGGAUUUUAUGGAGUGCUGCAGGGCUGCUGCCUUCACCAGCCAUGAGCAUUCAUUCUCCCAGCAGCACUCCGACUGAAUCCGGCGUAUCACAGAGAGAAAAAAAAAAACUUCGGCUCUACUAGCAGCGCAGGUUAAACCGCUGUCCUUUUUCAAACGCCCACCAUGACGUUUAGUUAUAAUCAUCUCCACCGAGAAACGAACAAAAUCCGUCAAAUUGAGGAAAAAAUAUCUAGGCACUGUAUAUAUGAAGUAGCUGGUAAACGUACCAAAUGCAUGACUCCUAAAAGUCUUUAUUUUAUCCCUAACACUUCGUUGACGUGACACAUCGCUCCUUUUUCUCACUGAGCUGGAAAAUAAGUUAUCCGGGCGACGAGGAAGCGUUCUUGAUAAAGCGAUCCGUAUUUAUACUGAAAGAUCUAAUCCCGAGCGCUGUGUGAAACCGAUGAGGCCGAGACAUCACGGCAAACAUUUAAGGGGAAAAGUGCAGGAUAAAUUGGUGGUUUAUAAGGAUAGUUCAGGGUUCUACUAAAGCGGAUGUGUCUGUAGCUUGAGUAGCACUCCGAGGCUCGUCAAGUGCUCUAUUUUACGAUGGUCUUAGCCAGAUGGGAUUGGGAACGUGCCUGGAUGCAUUAAACACUCGGAUGUGAAAGACUUUCUGAUGAUGAAGCACUAACUGUUAUCUCCAGAUUUACUCAUGUUAGAGAACUGUCUCUUAUCUGUCCGUUUUUUUGUUUUUUUUUUAAAGACGUCAGCCAAAUUAUUGUUCUUUUAUUUCACACCCUUGUUUUAUUUAUUUUUUUAAUUCUUCCUUGCAAGUUUGUACACUUUUCUCUUUCUGAAGGAGUUCGGAUCCAAAAACUAACCAAAAUGUCUCCACUUAAGCUCAGUUAUUUAUAUCUUGUUUCUUCCAAACACUUGUAUCUCGUCAACCUUCAAGCUGAAAUCAUUAAACUCUCAAAUCAGAUUUUCACACAUUA